AGUACAUAGCCGAAAUGUGGCUGCGUUGGCGUGGGGGCAGUGUCGACACAUCGAAACACAGCCUCGCCACGGGCAGAAAUGAAAGGUCGUCAGGUCUGCCUCGUCGCGCUCAAUAUCCUGAUAAGGUGAGCAACUCCUUGCGCGGCGAAAGAUAUUUCAAUUUUCCGAUUGUUAUGACGAGUGCGGGUUACUAUGGCCGAACUAGGACUUGCAGUCGUGGGGGCCGUGGAUAUUUGCAUUAGAGUUGCCAAUGAAAUAAAAACCACUUGUCGACGAUUCAGAAUGUAUGACGAGGAAAUUGAAGAGAAGGCUAUUUUGGUAGAGGCUGUCUGGGUUAGAAUCGAGAUACAAAUGCGAUUCCUCUCCAGAAUUUCCGAGCUGCUCGAGGAGGAGCUCGCAAAUAGCCAGUUAAACUUGCUGCGAAAGCUUGAAGGCAAAUUGCUUCAAACCGUUUCCCAACUUAGAGUGCAGAAGCGGGAUGGCGAUGUUAACGACUUUUCGCCAAAGCAGAAGAUCAUGGGCUAUCUAAGCAAAUGGAGGUGGGCAAUCAGGGAUAGCCUAAAAGAACUGGCGGCUGAGCUUGAAGCAUGGCAGAACCGGUUCGAUCCAACCUGGUAUUUGACAAUACUCAACAGCAGCAAGGUUCUAGACCUUGAGCUUCGACAAGUGAAUGCAGAGUUACCAAACGAUCCAGAACUCCGACUCGACUUGCUAAAUAACCAGUUGAACCCACUUAUGAACAUGCGGAACCUUCGUUACGCGUCAAAGCCGGACUAUAAAGCCAGCCUCUACUUCGAUGCAACUAAGCUCAGGGACCCGAGAGAGACCCUGAUCAUGUUCUCAUCUGCUAGAGCAAUCCUGCGAGAACAAGAUGGGCAAACCAGGCUCCUAAUUGUGGAGGCUGUGACGUCUCCGAAUGGAGGCCAUGGAACACUUGACAUUAGUCAGAUUAAGACUGAUGUGGAAUCAUUAGCGGGAAGGCUUCAGCAAGUCGAUCCAGGCACAUUUUGUCUACUCCAUUGCAAAGGCCUCAUGGAGCUCCGAGAUGUUACGACUCGAACCCUCAACGGGAUUGAUAUGCUGUAUGGCACGCCUAGAAACUGCGCAUUACCUGUUAGCCUUCGUGGACUUCUCCUUGACAGAAGCCUCGUCCCAAGUCUCAGCUCCAUUGUCCGGAUUGCAAAGCGACAGGUUCGCUCGGUGAGCUUCAUUCACACUUGUGGCUUUGUACAUAAGAACAUCCGGCCCGAAAACAUCUUGGUAUUUCCAAGCAAAGACUCGUCGCUAGGUAUAACUUUUCUUGUUGGCUUCAACCAGUUUCGGCGUGUGAAUCAACAAACCAACCUACUGGGAGAUCCAGCCUGGCAUCGAAAUUUAUACCGUCAUCCUCAACGCCAAGGAAUACACGUUUUGAACCGCUAUGUCAUGCAACAUGACAUCUACAGCCUUGGUGUUUGUCUCCUAGAGAUUGGGCUAUGGCGGUCAUUUGUCCACUAUCCACUACUGAAUAUGAACGCCGCACCAGUUCCACCAGCGUCAUUCGAAAUUCAGAUUAGCGAUGAAGACUUCACAGCCCCCCAUUUGACUGCUCGAUUACGCACCAAAGACCGGUUCAUUGAAUUGGCGAAGAGGGAUCUUCCGUCAAGAGUCGGGAAUGUGUAUACUGAAAUCGUCCUUGCGUGUCUAACGUGUCUUGAUCCAGGAAGUAGAAUGUUUGGGAAUAAUAAUCAAGAAGAUGAAGAUGGAAUUAUCGUCGGAAUUAGAUUUAUAGAGCAGAUACUAGCUAGGAUCGACAGCAUAUCAAUCUAAUGACGAAGAUUAGUUAGUGGAAUCUGUAGACCCUAAUUGUCCUCGGGACGCUGCUUCCUAAACGAUAGGAUGCAAAGAGGUUUCUUGGGUAAGGGUUUAACUUCACAGAGGAGGCAGGGGAUAAGACACAAAGGGUUCAAAUAACACAUUGCAGCAUAUAACAAAUAAUAUAUUCAGUUGAACACGAAACUCCUAUCUAAAAACCAAGUUUCUACUUAAAUAUUGGCGUCAUGCUAAACGGAUAUAUGGAUAGCAAUG